CCUUUAAAUCUAGAAAUAUAGAAAACAUAAAACAAGAGACAUAUGUGGAUAUUGAAGAAUGGAAUACUGGAUGACCAUAUCCUUAUCCAAAUCCAACUCACACGAAAAAUGUCAGUCGCUGCCCUCUCCCUCCCGCUUUCUUCUUCCUCAACCCAUUUCCCCUCUUCCAAAUUCAAAUCUCUCAGACCUCCCAACGCCACCCCAUCGCAGAUCUCCCCGCCCAACCCAGUCCCCUCUCCUCCCCAACCCUCCGACAACACCGGCGUCAUCGUCGUCGGCGCUGGCCUCGCUGGCUUAGCCGCCGCCACGCGCCUCCAGGCCGAGAACAUCCCCUUCCUCCUUCUCGAAGCCUCCGACGCCGUCGGCGGCCGAGUCCGGACCGAUUUCGUAGACGGCUUCACCCUCGAUCGCGGCUUCCAGAUCUUCAUCACGGCCUACCCCGAAGCUCGGAAGCUUCUCGACUACGAUGCCCUCCAUCUGCAGCAGUUUUACUCCGGCGCUAGGGUUUUCUUCGGCGGCCGCUUCCACACCGUAGCGGAUCCCCGGCGGCAUUUCCCUGAUUCGCUCCAGUCGCUCGCGAAUCCAAUCGGUUCUCCGAUUGACAAAUUUCUUAUCGCGCUUACUAUAAUUAGAGUUCUGAGCCGCUCGGAUUUUGAUAUUCUGACCGCCGAUGAGGUGGAGACGAUUGAACUGCUGAGGAGCACCGGGUUCUCCGAUUCGAUCCUGGACCGUUUCUUCCGUCCCUUCUUCGGCGGGAUUUUCUUCGACAGGGAGCUCGAAACGACGUCCAGAUUAUUCGAUUUCGUCUUCAAAUGCCUCGCGCUCGGCGACAACACUCUCCCGAAGAACGGCAUUGCCGCAAUCCCCGAGCAAUUGGCGGCAAAACUGAACCCUAGCUCGAUCGUAUUGAAUUCUAGGGUAAUUUCAAUCGAUCACGAAUCGAAUUCGGGCGUAGUUGUGAAUUUAGAAAGCGGUGAGUCGUUUAGGAGCGAUCUCGGAGUGAUACUCGCAGUCGAAGAAUUCGAAUCCCUCAAAAUUCUAAACGGCGGCGAGGUGAAGCCACGGGCGGCGCGAAGCACGAUUUGCUUGUAUUUCUCGGUGGAUGAGGACAAGGUUCCGGUGAAGGAGCCGGUUCUGUUCCUGAACGGGUCGGGUCGGGGCAUAGUGAACAACAUGUUCUUCGCGAGCAAUGUGGCCCCCUCGUACGCCCCCGCUGGGAAGGCGUUGGCUUCGGUGUCGCUCAUCGGGUCGUAUGGCGGGGUGGGGGAUGAGGAGUUGGCGGGGCGGGUGGUGGAGGAGCUGUCGGGGUGGUUUGGGGAGGCGGCGAUGGGGUCGUGGGAGUACCUGAGGAUGUACAGGGUGGAGUUCGCGCAGCCGAACCAGCGACCGCCGACGGAUUUGAUGAAGGAGGCGCGGGUGAAGGCGGGGCUGUAUGUGUGCGGGGAUUAUGUGACGAGUGCAACGUUUGAUGGGGCGUUGUCUUCUGGGAGGAGGGCUGUCGAGGCUCUGUUGGAAGAUCGAGCAGCACUUCGAGCAUAAUGAUUUUCAUUUGCAUAUAAAAUCAUCUGGAAAAUGAGUCGUUAUUAAUUGCAGAUAUUGAAUGACAUGUCUAUAUUUGUCUA